GCCGUGUCCCAAAUCCAAAACAAAGAAAAACAACGUAUCCAGCGAAAAUCUGCAGUCUUUCCCUCUGCUUCAAAGUCUUAUUAAACACACACGCACACACAGAGAACGCAGCCAUCAAAACGUUGCAUAGCAGUGCAAGGGGUACUUUGUAAAAAUACUUGUUCUUCUUCCAACCGACCAAAAAUUGGGCACCAGUAACGCAGUAAUAAUCGAAUAAUUCUAAGGGUGUGGUUGACGAAUGGAUAUUGAUCCCCGACAAUACGAAAACAUUGCUGUCAAUGAUGGUGAUGUUCACAACAUUGUCAUGUCAUACCUUGAGCAUAAUUGCUUCACAGACACGUUGGAAUCAUUUACUGCCUCCACUGGCAUGAAGCAGACUGCAAAUCAUCUGGAGGAUAUGGUGAAGAGAAAAAGAAUUUAUCAUUUGGCACUAGAGGGGAAUGUACUGAAGGCCAUUGAACUUACAGAGCAGCUCGCUCCUGACUUAUUGGAAAAAAAUAAGGAUCUGCAUUUUGAUCUCUUGAGCCUUCAUUUUGUUGGACUCGUCUGCUCAAGAAAAUGCACAGAAGCUCUGGAAUUUGCACAGACGAAGUUGGCUCCUUUUGGAAAGGUGCAGAAAUAUGUUGAAAAACUUGAAGACUUCAUGGCUUUAUUAGCUUACAAUGAGCCAGAAAAGUCACCCAUGUUUCAUCUAUUAAGCUUGGAGUACAGGCAGCAAGUUUCUGAUAGUUUGAAUAGAGCAAUACUUGCAAAUUCCAACCUCCCCAGCUAUUCUGCAGUUGAAAGGUUGAUACAGCAGACAACUGUUGUAAGACAAUGCUUAAGUCAAGAAUCCAGUAAGGAAGGGCAUCCACCAUUUUCUUUGAAAGACUUUAUGAAGAGCUAGGUGAGCCAAUUUAGGAACAUGUUUCCACUACUCACAGGAGCAAUUACUGCAUCUUGAAUUCCACUGGCAGCUGGAUUCGCAUUGUCUGCUUUCGGAAAGCAAAAAAUGGAAUGGCUGAUCAUGGAUUCUGUGACGUUUUUAAGACCUCACGAGUCAGCCUCAGGGCAACUGUGAGACAUUAAGUUUUACUGAAUACCACGAUACCAGUUGUAGCGAUUUGUUUAUACUUAAAAAUGUCAUAAACGAAUGCGUUAGUCAAAUGCUCUGUUUACAUGAAAAUUCUUAUGCACUCGACA